AUGAAUCAGCACCGAUCCUUCAAGUAUGACUCGGUGAAAUUACAGACGGCAUCCACUGAGACCCGACUACUAGACCUUUAUCCGUCCCAACAUGAAAGUCUGCAAAGUCAGUUCAACAGGGGCGAAGCCUCGGACCGGCAGAGUCGCCUCGUAUGUCGCCUGUAUACAACGAAGAUUGAAAAGCCUGGGUGUUAUACAGCUCUUUCUUAUGUUUGGGGCGAGGGCAGGAAAAGCCGCUCAAUCUGGGUUACCAAUCUAUUCAGCGAUGGCGGGGAAGCCAGCAUCCCCAUCACAGAGUCACUGAACACGGCACUUCUAUCCCUGCGCAAAGCAGACAAGAUAACUACGCUAUGGAUUGAUCAGAUUUGUAUCAAUCAAGCCGAUGACGACGAAAAAGGUGAACAGGUCGCCAUGAUGGGAAGCAUCUACUCAGCAGCAAACCAGGUAUUGGUAUGGUUAGGCCCAGCAGAAGAUGGCUCAGACGAGUUGAUGGAUGCGUGGCAAGCCAUUGGCCAAGGGCUCCGAGACUUUGGACUCGAAAGCUACAUGACCCCCCAGAGAUACUACACGAUAUUCGCUAUGACGAGGAACGAAACCCCGACCGAUGAAGCGACAAUGUACUUUCAAGAUUUGCUCAACCACACGGUGGAUGUUUUCGCUCCUUUGAUCAAAAACAUGGUCCUGAAAGCCUGGUUUGACAGACCAUACUUUUCACGCGUAUGGAUCGUACAGGAAUUUUGUUUAUGUGCAGACACAGUAUUCGUCUGUGGUACCAAGUCCGUUGCUGUUGAGCUCGUUACGCUCGCAGUGGUGAUGGUCUACACGAUUAUCGGCAACAAGCCCAAACGCGACUAUACAAAGCUCCAACCGCCUGGGAUGCCUUCGCAGCGACUGGAGGAGUUAUCAAAGAAACCCAUAGCCUCACUAUUUGCUUGUCGUCAACAUUAUCAAAAUCGUGCAGACGAAGAGCUGCAUAUACUGUUGCGCAGGCUGUUUGUAGGUCACGAUACACGUGCUACUGAGCAUCGUAACCGCAUCUUUGCGCUCCUCGGCCUUGCAGUUGACGCGCAGAAACUGGGUACCCAACCUGACUACAGCUCCUUGGACGGCAGCACUGAACGCAUCUUGACCCAAACGGCGCGUGCAAUGAUUGAGAAAGCUGGACUUGUCGGUAUACUCUGCUACUCCCAGUUUCCAAAGGUCCCUGCAUUGUCCAAACUGCCAUCAUGGGUCCCUGACUGGCGAUCAAACCUGCGUCUAUCGUUUUAUACCAUUAACGAGCGCUGUGACGAUCACCUAUAUGCUGCGUCAGGUCAAGGAAGUAGGGUCGAGACCGUGCAGUCUGGGGAAGAAAACGCAAAUAUUCUUGGAAUACGAGGUUAUGUAGUUGAUGCGAUCGAGAAAGUAGCUGAUGGUGGUGGCUGGAUGGACCUAGAUUGGGACCACGUCAGGUAUCUAGGCUUCUUCGCCCAAGUGGACAUGCUGUGGCAGGAAUCUAUGAAAAAGAAUUACAAGAUCUUCGGCGACACAACGGAGUCUCGCAAAGAAGAGGCGCGGUGGCGCGUCCCGAUUGGAGAUAUUUACUGGACAUGGGAAGGCGAUCAUCACAGAGCAACGUCUGAUGCGGCCAAAUUCCAUAGCCAAUUGUUGAGAGAACUAUACAUGUUUGAUGAAAUGACUCGGUUGGCAACGGAAGAGAAUGGUCAAGGGCUAAGAGACACGAAUUGGGAUGAUGGACGCCAGACAGAGGAUAUCAAGCACAAGUACCGCGAAAGUAUGAGAAAGAUGAAAGGCAAGAGGCCGUUUCUCACCAGGUUGGGGUAUCUGGGAAUGGGUCCAGUGGAAGGACAACCAGGCGAUGUAGUUGUCGUCUUCUGCGGUGGACCUAUCCCGUUUGUGCUACGUCCCUUGGACAAGAAAGAUGAACAAGAAAUGUUUUCGUAUAUCGGCGAGGCAUACUGUGAUGGAAUCAUGGAUGGGGAAGCGACUGUAGGGCAGAAACAGACCUUCUGGCUCGUUUGA